AUGUUUGCUAUCCAAUCUUCUGAGUGUACAGUUAUAGCCUUUAGAUUCAAGAAAACUGGUGGCGCUACUACUACCACUACCACUACCACUACCGACUUGGUCAGUACCACCGGUGGUGCUGCAAUACUUGAAAAGUUGGUUACCAACCAAGUCAGGAUCGAAAUUGAAAACCGGUAG